AAAUAUAAAAGGCUUCUGUUGUUGCAAUCUUAUGAACAGUUUGUUCACAACUAGAACACCAUGUCGAAGAUCUUUCUGUUCCUGACAUUAUUGUGCACCUGUGCAUUUGCAUCGGUGCUGAAGAACACGAAGCAGCAAAAACGGGGUGUCAUCAGUAAUGACGGAUGGAUCGGUCUAUCGAGUCUUUAUGGACAUGGACAAUCAAUCGAACGUAAUUCUUGGAAAGGACUCAAACUUCUCGAGAUUAAUCCGCAUGCAGGGUUACAUCUAGCAAGUGCGUCUUAUAGAAGUGGCAUCGCCUUAACACCCGGAAUUGUAAAAACUGUACCAGUGUAUUUAACGAAGCACGUAGUGCUGGAGAAGCCGGUGCCAGUUCCGGAGCCGGUAAUCAUAGAGAAACCGUAUCAUGUGCCACUACCGAUCGAGAAGAUUGUUCAUAAACCAGUCCCGAUUCCCGUCCCGGUACCUCAGGCGGUGCCGAUCCCCGUGGAGCGUCCAGUGCCAAUCCCAGUGAAGCAGCCGAUCGCGGUACCCGUGCAGCAGCCGUAUCCGGUCCCAGUAAAGCAUCCGGUACCCGUGCCGGUUCCGGUGCCGAUCCCGGUUCCGCUGCAAUCGUUACCGCCCCCAUUGCUUCCGCUGAUCCCGUUCAGCGAUCAUCCUGGUGCCAUCUAUGCGCACGACUACGCACCCGAUCAUCUUCACGUCCACCCGUCGCCGGUCGCCGUGCACUUGGACCACGGCAUCGCUCCCCUUGCUCAUGGCAUCAGCCAUGGGAUUGGUCAUGUGCUGGAGCACGGUUAUGGCCAUGGUUACGACUGCCACGAUGCCCAUGCUGAUCGUCUCGUCCAUGGGCACGAUCACAAAAAGAGGAAGACUGACAGGAACUGACUUGAGUAGACAGAGGGCAGAAGGUCGUUGAAAUUAUAAUGUUGUGUAU